GUUGAACCCCCCUCGGAAUCCCACCAUCCACCUUAUUAAGCGACACAAUAAACACAAAGUCCUCUAUGGCAGCACCGCAAGGGGGAUACCCUCCCCAGGAAGGGUACGGUGAGCCCGUCGGCUACGGGUCUCCCACUCAACAGCCCGCGGCGUUGGCUCCUGGAGCCCCCGCCCAAGGCCAGGCUGGAGGUCGCAAGAAGCGAGUCUACGCCGGCGAAGCGUUUGACUUCGGCUCUGGAGCCAAUGCUGCGUUGGGGGGUCAGUUACCGGGUGGUGGCAGCUAUGGUGCCUAUCCGCCGCAACCACAGGCCGCGGGAUACCAACAACCUGUCUAUGGGGCGGACCCAACUCAGAUGCAGCCCGUGGCCCCAGGAUAUGCGGCGCCUGCCAGCCCCCAGGUCGCACAGAUGACCCAGCAGUUUGGUGCUAUGGGAAUGGGAAUGACUGAUCCGCACCUGAUGCCCCCGCAGCCCGUCGCCCAAGCUCCUCAGGCCCCGCGGGCCGUCCCCCUCAACCAGCUCUACCCGACAGAUCUUCUCACUCAGCCGUUCAACGUGGCCGAGCUUGACUACCCACCACCUCCUAUUGUUUUGCCUCCGGGUACUAGCGUUUACCCUUCUCCCCACUCCAACUGCCCUCCGAAAUACGUUCGCUCGACGCUGAAUGCCGUCCCGACCCAACACUCGCUCCUCAAAAAGUCCAAGCUGCCGUUUGCUCUGGUUAUCCAGCCGUAUGGUUCCCUCCAUGAUUCGGAAGACCAGGUCCCCGUCAUCCCCGAUCAAGUUAUCUCGCGUUGUCGUCGCUGCCGGUCCUACAUCAACCCCUUCGUGACAUUCCUCGACCAUGGACACCGCUGGCGCUGCAACAUGUGCAACCUGACAAACGAUGUACCCCAGGCCUUUGAUUGGGACACUGCCCUGCAGAAGCCGGCGGACAGGUCGUUGAGAGCUGAUCUGAACCACUCGGUGGUCGAGUUCGUGGCCCCCCAGGAAUAUAUGGUCCGUCCCCCGCAGCCGCUGGUCUACCUUUUCUUGAUCGAUGUGAGCUAUGCGUCUGUCACCAACGGCCUUCUGGCCACGACUGCUCGGUGCAUUAAGGAAAGCCUGGACCGGAUCCCGAACGCAGACCGUCGCACCCGCCUGGGAUUUAUUGCGGUCGACUCUAGCCUUCACUACUUCAGCAUCCCCCGGGAUGGAUCAGAGAGCUCCGACCCCCGGAUGCUCGUAGUGAGCGAUCUGGAUGAGCCUUUCCUUCCCAUCCCCGGCGAUCUUCUGGUCACCCUGAGCGAGUGCCGCGAGAACAUUGAGGUAUUCCUCGAUAAGCUGCAAGAAAUGUUCCAGAACACCCAAAGCAACGGCUGCGCCAUGGGAUCCGCGCUGCGUGCGGGUUACAAGCUCAUCUCCCCGGUGGGAGGCAAAAUGUGUGUCCUCAGCUCCUCUCUGCCCAACAUCGGCCAUGGCGCUUUGACCAUGAGAGAAGACAAGAAGGUCCUUGGCACAAGCAAAGAGAAUGGUCUGCUGCAGACAGCGAACAGUUUCUACAAGAGCUUUGCCGUGGAGUGCUCGAAGGCGCAGGUCUCUGUUGACAUGUUCUUGUUCUCAUCCCAAUACCAGGACGUUGCGUCUCUCAGUAACCUGCCCCGGUACACCGGUGGACAGACCUACUUCUACCCCGGCUGGAAUGCCGCUCGUCCCGAGGAUGCGAUCAAGUUCGCGCGCGAGUACUCUGAAUACCUCUCGUCCGAGAUUGGUCUGGAAGCCGUGCUCCGUGUCCGUGCCACCACGGGUCUGCGUAUGAACACCUUCUACGGCAACUUCUUCAACCGCAGCUCCGAUCUCUGUGCCUUCCCCGCCUUCCCGCGCGAUCAAGCGUACGUCGUCGAAGUCGCGAUUGAUGAAACCGUGGCGAAGCCUGUCGUCUGCCUGCAGACUGCGGUCCUCCACACUACAUGCAACGGCGAGCGGAGAAUCCGGGUGUUGACCCUGGCGCUUCCCACCACCCAGAGCCUGGCCGAUGUCUACGCUUCGGCGGACCAGCAGGCGAUUGCUACCUACUUCAGCCACAAGGCCGUUGAGCGGGCUCUCGGAAGUGGUCUGGAACCUGCCCGGGAGGCUCUCCAGGCCAAGGCUGUGGAGUUGCUGUCGACGUACCGGAAGGAGCUGGCUGGAGGCAGUGUCAGUGGUGGCGGCCUUCAGUUCCCUGCUAACCUGAGAGGUUUGCCGGUUCUUUUCCUUGCCAUGAUCAAAAACCUUGGUCUUCGGAAAUCCGCACAAAUACCCACCGACAUGCGCUCCGCGGCGCUCUGCCUGCUCUCGACCCUUCCCCUCCCCCUCCUCAUCCAGUACAUCUACCCGAAGAUGUAUUCGUUGCACGACAUGCCUGACAAUGCCGGAUUGCCGGAUGAGCAGACGGGUGAGAUCGUUCUGCCCCCGCCGAUUAACCUGGCGUCGGAGCGGGUUGCCUCGUAUGGUCUCUACCUCAUCGACGACGGACAGACGCAGUUCCUGUGGGUGGGCCGCGAUGCGGUGCCGCAGCUGAUCGAGGAUGUGUUCGGGCUGAGCGACAAGUCUCAGCUCCGGGUGGGCAAGCAGAACCUGCCGGACAUGGACAACGAGUUCAGCCAGCGGGUGCGGGCGGUGAUCGAGAAGAGCCGGGACCACCGGUCGAAGGGGGUGGGCAGCAUCGUGGUGCCGCACCUUUAUGUGGUGAAGGAGGACGGCGAGCCGGGUCUCCGCUUAUGGGCGCAGACCAUGCUGGUGGAGGACCGUGCCGACCAGAGCGUCAGCCUGUCGCAAUGGAUGGGCACGCUGCGGGAAAAGGUCUGAUUGUCCCGGUUUCCUAAGCGUUCUCUCUCUGUCUCUCUCUCUCUUUCCCUCUGCCGUCAUAGACCCCCCCGGUCGUAUUUUGAGGCAUUUGGACUGACGAGCUUCGAACACGCCUACAGGUUGUUCAGUAAUGAUAGCUUUUUUCGAUUUUGGUAAAUUACAUGGAAGAUACUUCAAUACAUUUCAAGUGGCU